UUUUGUUUUAUUUUUUUUCUAGAAUUUGCUUGGGUAACAUUGACCACAAAUGAUACCUAUUCAUUGGGUGCCUUAGUGUUGGCCCAUUCUCUAAGAAGGGCCGGUACAGUCCAUCAAUUGGCCGUCCUGGUGACACCGGGAGUUUCAGAGUCAAUGCGCGAGAAGCUCAAAGACGUGUACAAUGUCGUACAAGAAGUCAAUAUUAUGGAUUCACAGGACGCGGCCAAUUUGGCUCUGUUGUCACGGCCCGAAUUGGGCAUAACCUUUACGAAAUUACACUGUUGGCGUUUGGUGCAGUUUGAGAAGUGUGUGUUCUUGGAUUCGGAUACUUUGGUCUUACAAAAUUGUGAUGAACUCUUCGAUCGCGAAGAAUUCUCUGCCGCCCCCGAUGUCAGUUGGCCGGAUUGUUUCAAUUCGGGUGUUUUUGUGUUCAAACCCAGCCAAGCGACCUACGAUAAAAUCGUUGAGUUCGCUCUGAAAAAUGGCAGUUUCGAUGGCGGUGAUCAGGGUUUGUUGAAUCAGUACUUUGCCGAUUGGGCCACCAGUGAUAUUAAGAAACGUCUGCCGUUCUUGUACAAUGUGACCGCCUAUGCUUCGUACUGCUAUUUGCCCGCCUUCAAACAGUUCAGAGAUAAAAUUAAGAUUUUGCAUUUUGCCGGUAAAAUGAAACCCUGGUUGAUGCAAUACAAUUCCCAAUCGAAGGUCGCCAGCGUACCAACAUAUUACAGUCAUGCCAAUGAUUUGAUUCAACUCUGGUGGAAUAUAUUCUUCGAUCAUGUUCAUGCUCAAUUGAAUACAAAUAUGGCUGGUUUGGCUGGUGCUUUGUCACAACUGCGUUUGGGUGAACCCCGUACCCCCGAGCAAGAAGCUUACGAGCAUUUGAUGCGUCGUCAAUGCUGGGAAUCUGGACAAAUCGAUUAUUUGGGUCGUGAUUCCUUCGAUAAUAUUUGGAAGAGAAUUACACAGACCCUGGAGAAUAAGCCAGCGGAUGAUGAUGACAAAACGGGUAGCUCUUAAAACUAAAAUAAAAACAAACAAAAAAACGCACAUAUACAGCACACACCCAC